GAGCGUUGAGCUGGAUGAAGUGGGUGAUUUUUGGCGAACGGUAUUUUUUUUAAAUAUUAUUAUUAUCCGCCUCCCUUUGCAAUAUUUAUUGCUGGGCGAGGAGGUUGGUUUUGUUUUUAUGUCUUGGAGUAAAGUUUGGAUGCGAGUAUAAAUUUCUUUGAGCAAGACACUUUUCUAUUUCAAUAUGGCUGUAGAUGACUAUGAAGAACUUCUCAAAUACUAUGAAAUUCAUGAAACUGUUGGAACAGGUGGCUUUGCAAAAGUUAAACUGGCUCGUCACUUACUUACUGGUGAACAGGUUGCAAUAAAAAUAAUGGACAAGCUGACUCUGGGGGAUGACUUACCUCGUAUAAAAACUGAAAUUGAAGCAAUGAAGAGUUUAAGCCACCAGAAUAUCUGCCGUCUGUACCAUGUGAUUGAGACACCAAAGAAGAUCUUUAUGGUUUUAGAGUACUGCCCUGGAGGAGAGCUCUUUGAUUAUAUAAUUGCAAAGGAUCGCUUAGCUGAAGAUGAAGCCCGCAUCUUUUUUCGUCAGAUUGUAGCUGCAAUUGCCUUCGUACACAGCCAGGGAUACGCUCACAGGGACCUCAAGCCAGAAAACCUGUUGAUUGAUGCUGAGCAUAAUUUGAAGCUGAUAGACUUUGGUCUCUGUGCAAAACCAAGGGGUGGUCUGGAUUACCAUCUGAGCACCUGCUGUGGAAGUCCUGCAUAUGCAGCACCAGAGUUAAUUCAGGGCAAAGCUUAUAUUGGCUCAGAGGCAGAUAUUUGGAGCAUGGGAGUACUCUUGUAUGCUCUCCUUUCUGGAUUUCUACCAUUUGAUGAUGAUAACAUGAUGGCGCUCUACAGGAAAAUUGUGAGGGGGAAAUAUGAUAUCCCAAAAUGGCUUUCACCUGGCAGUAUCCUGCUUCUGCAUCAGAUGUUGCAGGUGGACCCAAAGAAACGGAUUAUGGUUAAGCAUCUUUUACAUCACCCCUGGCUCAUGCAGGGCUACUCCUUUGCUGUCCAGUGGCAAAGUAAAUAUCCUCUUGGGUCCCUUGAUGAAGAUUGCAUAACAGAACUUUCGGUGUUCCAUAAAUGUAGCAGAGAAAGAAUGGCAGAUGUAAUCUCAGAGUGGAAAUAUGAUAAUGUAUCUGCAACAUACCUCUUGCUUCAAUACAAGAAGGCUCGGGGCAAACCUGUUCGCCUGAGGAUUCCUUCUCUGGCAGCAGAAUGUCUGAGCAUCACACCAUCCAAAGAAGGGAAGAUAAAAAAGGCCCUGACUUACGAAGAUGGUCUGGACAAUAAUGAACUGCCCUAUGUACUUGGCUCCAUGGAAUUUCUAACGCCUUGUGAAGAAGCCCAGCCUAUGUUAGGAAAUACACCCAGACCUAAGCAGAAUCUGAAGUUCCAGGACGGGGGAGAGUUCAGUUCCCCUUUGCUUUCUAUACCAAAGGGAGGAGCAUCAAAGAAACGUGCCAACAAAGAGAAUGCUGGCGCUCAAGGCACGCAAGCAGAGCCCUUUGUGUUUCCUCCACUCAAGACGCCUACUUGGGCCAUGAAUGAGAAACGAGUGCUGACAACUCCCAAUUAUGCUCUUCCACCUGAGGGGAGAAAUCCAGCCGCCCAACCAACGCCAGUAAAUGCUCCCAUUAAAGCAGAUGAGCUGACAGCUGGUGUCAUUAGCCCUGAGAGAAGGUGUCAUUCACUGGACCUGGACUUAAAUCAGGUGCAUGUGGAAAGUGGUCAAAAAAGGAAAGGACCCAAAAUGUUUGGGAGCCUUGAAAGAGGCUUGGAUAAAAUGAUCACGAUGCUUACCCCCAAUAAAAGGAAAGGUUCCGCUAAAGAAGGCCCAAGGAAGUUAAAGGCUCAUUACAAUGUCACAUUGACUAACUUAGUAAAUCCAGAUGAGUUACUGCAGGAAAUAAUUGCUGUCCUUCCAAAAAAACAAGUUGAAUAUGUGCAGAAAGGCUAUAAACUGAAGUGUCAAACCCAGUCAGACUACGGCAAAGUGACAAUGCAGUUUGAACUGGAGAUUUGCCAGCUAAGCAAACCUGAAGUCAUGGGGAUUAGAAGGCAACGGUUGAAGGGUGAUGCCUGGGUCUACAAAAGACUAGUGGAAGACAUCCUGUCGAGCUGCAAGUUGUAGACCUCUUAGUUCAUUAUGGAAAUACGGACCAUUCUAGCUAUCCUAGCCAUGCUCAUUUCUGUUCAUUUAGGAUAUUUUGUUUUAAAUAGAAACUCUUUUGUCAAUAAAUACGGCCUACUGUCAGUGUCUUCACUUUAUCUUUUUCCGCAUUAAUGUGAUUUCUGUCUCUGUGGGAAUGAACAUGGGAUCCUAACUUAGCCAAUGCAACUUCACAGCUUGUUUAUUUUUGUGGCUACGGGCUGCCCUCAGCCUGGAUUUCGGGGAGUGGGGUAAUAAUGAUCUAAUCCCAAAUACCCUACUUCAUCAGUAAAUAGACAUUGAAAUCAUUUGCAAUUCAAAUUAACUAGGAUCUGUAUUGAAACAUACCCUGUGACUUCUGUUUGCUGUUUUUAAACAUUCAUUUAGUAAUCAUAUAGUGUUGGGGUCGUUUAUGACCGUACGACUGCUAUGUCAUCUAACCCAACAAAAUGUGAAAUGCCUGUUCUGUAAUGUUCCAUCAGUUUCCCUAUGAUUGAUUGGAUAAAGUCUC